CACAUUAACAUCACAUCCUGCAGAAACUAUAUCAACACCUGGAACUACAGGUCCCACUGACACAGCAACUUCUGAGCCUGUAGAGACCACAUCAGCACCUCAACCAACUAAUCCCACUGACAAAGUAACUUCUCAGACUGUUGAGACAACCUCGGUAUCUGAACCAACUCCUCACACUGGCACAUUGACAUCACAACAUUCAGAGACCACAUCAGCACCUGGAACUACAGGUCCCACUGACACUGUAACUUCUGAGCCUGUCGAGACCACAUUAGCACCUCAACCAACUAAUCCCACUGACAAAGCAACUUCUGAAACUGUUGACACAACCUCGGUAACUAAACCAACUAAUCCCACUGACAAAGUAACUUCUGAGAAUGUUGAGACAACCUCGGUAUCUGAACCAACUGCUCACACUGACACGUUGACAUCACAACCUACAGAGACCAUUUCCCCACCUCAGCCUACGAGUCCUACAGACAUAGUAACAUCCGUGCCUGCUGCUACCACCCCACUAUCUGAAUCAACCAGUCCAACCCAUUCAUUGACAUCUGAGCCUAUAGAGACUACGUCAGCAACUCAGCCAACAAUUCCCACUGACAAAGUAACUUCUGAGACUGUUGGGACAACCCCGGUAUCUGAACCAACUGCUCACACUGACACAUUGACAUCACAACCUGUGGAGACAAUUUCCUCACCUCAGCCUACGAGUCCUACAGACAUAGUAACAUACGAGCCUGCUGGUACCACCCUACUGUCUGAAUCAUCGAGUCCAACCCAUUCAUUGACAUCUGAGCCUAUAGAGACUACGUCGGCACCUCAGCCAACCAUUCCCACUGUCACAGUAACUUCUGAGACUGUAGAGAAAACCUCUGUAUCUGAACAAACUGCUUACACUGACACAUUGAUAUCGAAACCUGCAGAGACCGUUUCCCCACCUCAGCCUACGAGUCCUGCAGAAAUUGUCACGUCUGAAUCAACAAGUCCAACCCAUUCAUUGACAUCUGAGCCUAUAGAGACCACAUCAGCACCUCAGCCAACCAUUCCCACUGUCACAGUAACUUCUGAGACUGUAGAGAAAACCUCGGUAUCUGAACCAACUGCUCACACUGACACAUUGACAUCACAACCUGUGGAGACAAUUUCCUCACCUCAGCCUACGAGUCCUACAGAAAUGGUCACGUCCGAAUCAACAAGUCCAACCCAUUCAUUGACAUCUGAGCCUAUAGAGACUACGUCAGCACCUCAGCCAAGCAUUCCCACUGACAAAGUAACUUCUGAGACUGUUGGGACAACCUCGGUGUCUGAACCAACUAGUCAGACUGACACAUUAACAUCACAACAUUCAGAGACCACAUCAGCACCUGGAACUACAGGUCCCACUGACACUGUAACUUCUGAGCCUGUCGAGACCACAUCAGCACCUCAACCAACUAAUCCCACCGACAAAGCAACUUCUGAGACUUUGGACACAACCUCGGUAACUAAACCAACUAAUCCCACUGACGAAGCAACUUCUGAGACUGUUGACACAACCUUGGUAACUAAACCAACUAAUCCCACUGACAAAGUAACUUCUGAGAAUGUUGAGACAACCUCGGUAUCUGAACCAACUGCUCACACUGACACGUUGACAUCACAACCUACAGAGACCAUUUCCCCACCUCAGCCUACGAGUCCUACAGACAUAGUAACAUCCGUGCCUGCUGCUACCACCCCACUAUCUGAAUCAACCAGUCCAACCCAUUCAUUGACAUCUGAGCCUAUAGAGACUACGUCAGCACCACAGCCAACCAUUCCCACUGACACAGUAACUUCUGAGACUGUUGAGACAACCUCGGUAUCUGAACCAACUUCUCCCACUGACACAUUGACAUCGCAACCUGCAGAGACCAUUUCCCCACCUCAGCCUACGACUCCUACAGAAAUGGUCACGUCCAAAUCAACAAGUCCAACCCAUUCAUUGACAUCUGAGCCCAUAGAGACUACGUCAGCACCACAGCCAACCAUUCCCACUGACACAGUAACUUCUGAGACUGUUGAGACAACCUCGGUAUCUGAACCAACUUCUCCCACUGACACAUUGACAUCGCAACCUACAGAGACCAUUUCCCCACCUCAGCCUACGAGUCCUACAGACAUAGUAACAUCCGUGCCUGCUGCUACCACCCCACUAUCUGAAUCAACCAGUCCAACCCAUUCAUUGACAUCUGAGCCUAUAGAGACUACGUCAGCACCUCAACCAACUAAUCCCACUGACAAAGUAACUUCCGAGACUGUAGUGACAACCUCUUUAUCUGAACCAACUGCUUACACUGACACAUUGAUCUCAAAGCCUGCAGAGACCGUUUCCCCACCUCAGCCUACGAGUCCUACAGAAAUGGUCACGUCCGAAUCAACAAGUCCAACCCAUUCAUUGACAUCUGAGCCUUUAGAGACUACGUCAGCACCUCAGCCAACCAUUCCCACUGACAAAGUAACUUCUGAGACUGUUGGGACAACCUCGGUAUCUGAACCAACUGCUCACACUGACACAUUGACAUCACAACCUGUGGAGACCAUUUCCUCACCUCAGCCUACGAGUACUACAGACAUAGUAACAUCCGAGCCUGCUGGUACCACCCCACUGUCUGAAUCAACGAGUCCAACCCAUUCAUUUACAUCGGAGCCUAUACAGACUACGUCAGCACCUCAGCCAACCAUUCCCACUGAUACAGUUACUUCUGAGAUUGUAGAGACAACCCCGGUAUCUGAACCAACUCGUCAGACUGACACAUUAACGUCACAUCCUUCAGAAACCACAUCAAAACCUGGAACUACAGGUCCCACUGCCACAGCAACUUCUGAGCCUGUAGAGACCACAUCAGCACCUCAACCAACUAAUCCCACUGACGAAGUAACUUCUGAGACUGUUGAGACAACCUCGGUAUCUGAACCAACUAGUCAGACUGACACAUUAACAUCACAUCCUGCAGAAACCACAUCAAGACCUGGAACAACAGGUCCCACUGACACAGCAACUUCUGAGUUUGUAGAGACCACAUCAGCAUCUCAACCAACUCAUCCCACUGACAAAGCAACUUCUGAGCCUGUAGAGACCGCAUCAGCACCUCAACCAACUAGUCAGACUGACACAGUAACUUUUGAGACUGUUGAGACAACCUCAUUAUCUGAACUAACUGGUCACACUGACACACUGACUUCACAACCUGCGGAGACCAUUUCACCAUCUCAGCCUACACGUCCUACAGAUAUAGUAACAUCUGAGCCUUCUGGUACCACCCCACUAUCAGAAUCCACCAGUCCAACCUAUUCGGUAACAUCUGAGCCCGUAGAGACCACGUCAGCAACUCAACCAACCAAUCCUACUGACAAAUUAACAUCUGAUCCUCCAACCACACCGUCAGCCCAACCACCAACCGAUCCAACAACCAGACCACCAACAACAUCACCCCCCACUCCAACAAUUCAAGCAACUACUCGACCAGUCACAACAGUAAAGCCUUUAAACUGUCAAAAUGGUGGAUUUAAUAAUGGAUUCAACUGCACAUGUCUUGUUGGAUUCAGCGGACAUGUUUGCGAAUUCAUUGAAACUGUUGAGCCAGAUUCUUUCAACAGGUCAGUUAUUGUUAAUGUGGUGAUCAAUGAGAAAUUUUAUGACAAUUAUGAAGACAAAGACUCAUCUGAAUACAAGGAGUUUGUAGGAACUUUCACCAACCGGAUGGUAAAGUAUUACUUGGAAAAGAAGAUAGAAAACUUUAAAGAAGUAGUGGUAACUCGUGUCAGCCGCGCUGUGGUCAGAUUGUCAGCACUGAUGAACAUUGUGGAAAGAUUAUCAGCUGAAGCCAUGGAUUUCUACAGCAUGACGCCAAGAGCAGAAGGCGUUAGUGUCACACAUGAUGUGGUUUUGGUGAUUCCAAACAAUGUUAACUCUAAUCAGCUAUAUAUGAACGACUUUGAGGCAGUUGAAAAGGCUGUUGACGAGCUUGCUAACUGCACAGGAGACUGUUUUUAUGAAAUCACAGUUCGACCCAUUGUCAAUACAACAGAGGCAGAUUUGGGAUCUGUAUGUAGUAGCUCUGUGGACAAUCCAGAUGUUGCUGAAUACUACGAAGCUGUGCCUGUUGAUGGAGUGAUCAAAUGUGUGACUGUGUGUAACCGUCUACAUCCACAUCCUAAAACAUGCUACAAUAAUGGAACCUGUAAUGUGUACAUGAGCAUUGGACCUCUUUGCAAGUGUCAAAAUGUGAAUUCCACAUGGUACCUGAGUGAUGACUGUAGCUUCCCAAUACAGAGGAUUGCUUUCUACGCAGGGUUAAGUGUAACCCUUGCUUUUCUGUUAGUGUCUGUGGGAGCCUUGACUGCAUACAUUCUUAUCAACAAACACAAGCAAACACAGAGAAGAAACAUUAAAGAGGUGACGGUGAAUGAUUGGCUGAAUGAGGACUUUAACUGGUCCAGAUCCAGCAACCCAAGUGACAGAUAUCAUGCUGGAGAUUUCAGAAACCCUUCAUACACAGAAGAAGAAUCUGCUGUCGGAGAAGAGUGCACUGAUAACAGACAACCUGUACCUUUCUACCAGCUGACUCGAGAAUCGAGCCCAUCAGCAAGCAUGCACUCUCAUUCACGAACAGCACACAGACACGAUUCUCUACUUUCGGAUGCUCGAAACUUGCAGUCUGCCAGUUGGCCUCAACCAGAUAUAUCCGAACAGCCAAUGAGGAUAGGCAGGCCUCGGAUAAGGACUUCUUGGGAUGCCUGAGCUGUGUACUGAAAAUUGACAGUCUCAACUGUUGAUAAUGAUGACUUUCUUUGACCUAUUUUCGCUGCCUCAUAUAAGCAACUAAAUCUUUAUAACAUUGUUCAAUUUAUUUAUUGAUUUCUUUACUGCAAGCCAAGGUGUUAAUAUAUAUUUAAUAUUUCUGAUUCUAUUGAAAAGGCCUGUUAUAAAUGCUUCCUUUAUGAAGUUUCUAUUCUGCAUCUCUGUUGAGGCUGCUCUCGGAGAUGUACUGAUCCAUCUCGGUGCUUGUUUGUGAGCCUGUAGUAAGUGGUGAUGUUGUAUUAUAAAAAAUACAAACAUGAGGGGCACAGAGUUUCAAGGUCCAGUGUGAAGGGUUUAGUGGCAUGGUGUAGUUCCAUAUUACGACCCGCUCGCCUCACGCUCCAGUUCCAAGCAUGGGGCAUAAAUCGUCAGAACACCUGUUCCUAUAAAUAAAAUAAAAAGUAAAUAAAAAAAUAAUAAAAUAAAUAAUAACAAGUAAAAGUAAGGAUAACACAACAAUUCUUAUUUUCAGGUCAUUAUACACUAAUGAAAACAUACCUAUUAAAAUUCUAUUCCAUUUCUGACAAUAGAUGCUCCUAAAUGUUACACACUGGACCUUUAAGAGAGACCUCUCAGCUAUUAAAUCAGCCUACAAUGACCCAUCAUCAACUUUAUUAAAUUAUGUUUCUCCAUCUGGCAGUUUUUCCUUGCCCCCGUCGCCAAGUGCUUGCCCAUGGUGGUACUGUUGGGUCUCUGUAAAUGUUUAAGGAGUUCGGUCUAGACCUGCUCUAUUUGAAAAGUGUCCUGAGAUAACUUCUGUUAUGAAUUGGCGCGAUACAAAUAAAAUUGAAUUGAAUUGAAUUGAAUCUGCUCCCUAGGUAGUGGGCCAUUAUUAAAGUGACUGAAUCACUGGGACACAAACAAUUCAGUGACCUACAGCUGAUAAUGAUGUCAUGCCAUGUCAACAACACACAUACCAUCAGUGUAAAAUGACAUUAAAAACCUACUAUCAGUAUAAGUUGAGACCAGUCAGAGAGAUAUUGCCAGUGAGAAUUAGUAAAGCAGUUCACUACCGUUUAAACUAAGGACCAGUUUUCUAUAUGAAUGCUUUGAGCUUUCAUAUAGAGUAAGCGAAGACGUUUGUCAUUCAGUGAUGAUAAGAAGAUCAAAAGCAGAAGGAGAUUAGAGGCAGAAGACGCAGUGUGGGAUACUCAGGAUGGAAGAUGUUGUAAUUUUGCACUAUUACUGUUGUUGUGGGCUUAAAUGCUUUGGAUGCACUUUAUGUAAAUAAAAAGUUCCAGUUUAAUGAAGCAUGUCACAUAUUGUGUGUACUUUCAGUGUGAAGCCACUGAGGGUCACUGUAGUCUUGUUUUAAUGGAGCUUCCUAUCACUGCACUGAAGGGAUAAACUUGGGAUAAAAAAUGUUUAACCACACUUUUGCAAUUGUUUAUUUAAAUUUGAACUAAAAUAUAAUGUUAUAUUAACUGUACUUACUACAUAUUUGAAUAAAAUUCUAUAUUGAACAAUUUAAAAA